UGGUUUUCAACGGAAAAUAAAUCACGUGAUUAAAGGAAGACAUCUCAUAUUACAAAUCUGUUUUUAUUCAAGCAUAUUUGACCAGUGAUAAUUGUUUUUGUUGCCGUUUUGCUUCAAGAUAAACCAUGAUUGUUGCUGACAAGAUUUUUUUUCAACUUAUUUUAUUUUUAAUUGUGUUUUUAUCUCUAUUGUUUUCAACUGCAACUCCUGUCUAUGGUCAAUCCAGUUUAUAUGACCCAAGUAAUCCUAAUAUAUUGACUCUUGAUUCAACCAAUUUUACCACAACAAUUGAAUCACAGUCAAACGCUUUUGUUGUUCAAUUUUAUAAACACUGGUGUCCUUAUUGUAAACGGUUUGCUCCUGCUUGGCGACAUUUAGCUGAAGACAUCAAAGCAUGGAAGUCAGUUGUUAAAUUAGCUGUAAUUAAUUGUGCUGAUGAGGAAAAUGUGGCUACCUGUCGAUCAGCGGCCAUCCCAUUUGUUCCAACUAUUCACUUUUAUCCAUCAUAUUGGAACUUUUCCUCAGGAUUACUUCCCAUAGUGGUUAAAAAGGGAACUGUCGAUGCUUUACGUAAUAAUUUGACCACAUUGAUUGCAGCCACAUCACCCAAAGAUCCAGAUUUAACAUUAAUAGAGCCACUUGAACAUCGUAUUUCUUUAACUAAUGAAUCUCUUGGUAAAAAGGUAUUUCUGAUUGGAGAGAAAAAUGAAUCUAAAGUUGGCUCAGAGGUUAUCCUGGAUCUUUAUAAUUUCAAAGACCAAUUAACUAUUAGAAGAGCUAAUUGGCAGAGUCCAUGGCUGGAUCAAUUUGAGUUGAAUGAAACACAACUUCCAAUCCUGGUAACCAUACCUAAAAGAGGCUUUGUACCCAUAGCUGUUCAGUACAAUCAAUCAAAGAAUACUCGAAGAGCUAUCAACGAUGUAAUACUUAGAUCAAUUCAAGUGACAAUUAAUGCAUCUUCAUCUGAUUUUACAACACAAGCAUCUAACAAUGUUAGAUCUGGCAAUUUCUCCUAUGUAAACAACAAUCAACUCUACAUUGAUGAUCUUUACAAGUGUUUACAACAAAUAUUAACCAAUGAAAUCUUAAUCUACGAUACAUAUUCUUUGGAGAAGAUUAAUUCAUUGAGAAAUUUCACCAGGACAAUUGAGCGUUACUUUCCUUUUGCUAAUUCAUCUGAAAGAAUCUUUUUCGCACAAUUAUCAACUCUACUUGAAUCACAUGAAACCGCUUUAUUGACAAACGUAUCGGCUGGUGUCCCAGUUAAUGAUCUUGUUAAACAGAUAGAUGAUCUUCAAAAUGAUUAUACUCUUCCUAAACCAGAUGAAUGGAUAACCUGUCGUGGUUCGAGUCCAAUUUAUCGAGGUUACACAUGUUCUCUGUGGCUUCUGUGGCACACAUUAACAGUCAUUGAACAUACAACUGUCAGUGGACCAUCAACUGACCAUCAAGUUGUUUUCACUAUGCGUCAAUUCAUUACAGACUUUUUCUCUUGUGAGGAAUGCCGGGCACAUUUUAUCAAUGAAACAGCAAACAUAUCCAACGAAAUAAAUCAAUCUGAUCAUUUUUCCUCCAUCGUUUGGCUUUGGUCUAUUCACAAUUCAGUUAACAGAAGAAUAGCUGGUGAUCCAACUGAAGAUCCGUAUUUUCCUAAAGUACAAUUUCCAGAGCCAAGUCGUUGCAUGAAAUGUUACCACCACGGUAAAUUCAAUGAGAACCAAGUUGCAAAAUUCUUGAUCAAUCGCUACAAACCAUCAAGUUGGGUUCAAUAUCAAAAUCCUAACUCUUAAUUGGAAUCAAGAAAAUAGAUUUCUACAAAUUCUUGUAGUAAUUUUAAUCGCUACCUUGCCUUUGGUAGGCUAUUGAAACUAAAUUGUAUUAAACUUUAAAAUGUCCUACAUUCAAAUUUACUUCAUGUAUUCUUUCGAUUGACGAAAUAUCAUUUAGAUGAAAUCUUUUAAUUUAAUAAAAUUGAUUGAUUAUUCCUG